AUGCAGAUGAUAUAUUUAUCUUAGUUUCCAAUAAAGUUUUAAGACCUAAAGAAUUGUCAAAGAUAGUCACUGAGUGGUUAGAAAUAGAAGAUAAAGAGAUAAAAAUUGCAGUUAAUUUGGUUACUUCAA